UACUUUGAAGUAUCCUGAAAUGAUCUAUUCCACAGUGAAAAUGUUGGACUUUACUUUGAAAGAUCUCCAAAUAUAUUCAGUGAAAAUCGUUGUUAUUCAUGUCAUCAUGUGUAACAGCAGAAUCGUGGCACUUUGUCAGAGACGCAGUUUGCGUUUGUCCCAGUUGGGACUAGAUCAAAUAUAGUUACUGUGUUGUACUGCCACCUUAUGGUGAGUAUGAUGAAACAAACCACAGACAAAUUAACACAAUUUUGAAAUCGUGACGAUUGACACACAACCUCAUAAAUGUCGGAAGUCACACUUGACCAGAGAGAGAACAAUAACUUCAGCUCUUACUUUCUUCUGAAGCAAUGGAUUAUAAGGACAUUUAGGAUUUGUACGUGUGUGAGAGAGAGAGAGAGAUUUUUAGGGGGAAAGAGUUUGAGAAUGAAUUUUCUAUAUUCAUGUCAGGAAAGUGGCUCUAAAGCUUAAGACAACAGGAUGUAGCUGUGACAUUUGUUCGAUAGUUUGAGCUCACACAAGUGCAAAAAAAAAAACCAGUAGUUUCCGCUUAUGCUUUCAAAAUCAUGCCACACCUACAUGUGUGAAAAGAACUACUGGGAAACUUCUCUCAGAUCAUUAAAAACAAUUCCAUUUCAGUUAAGAAUGCUUAUUUUUUUUAAUUUUGCCCAGACUCAGUCUCAUAACAAAAAAUGUGUUUAGUUUUGAGUAUGUAAAAUCUUAAAAUACAAAUUGAAAUUGGAAGGGAGAAUGUCUUUCAAACCCAACGUUUCUUCUUUCCUACGAACAGGUUAGACAAUAAAAAACCAAGAGAACAGCAAGCCUUCACAUUAACUUUUUUGCCAGUUUCAGUUCCCCCUUCCACUUUUCAGCCGAGAUAAGCAGUUUGAAUGAAGGAGAACAAAACCGUGAGUGUAGCUGGCACAUUUCCUGUUGCUUCAACCAAAAAAAGAAAAGUGCAGAUGACAUAGAGAGACAGGAAAGCUUCAGUCUUGAGGUGUGCUUAGAAAUGAAUCGGCCAAACACACCCAUCUCUGUCUAUUUCCUCUGCUGAGCUUCACUACACAGCAGUUAUAUGACUCGACUCAGAAACACGGCCUCUGCAGGUGCAGCUCAAUGGAAAAUGUGGCUCAUCAGGGUCUUCCUUGUCAUGUAUUCCACUGCUGUUUGUGGAGCUCAGACUGCCGAAAAUGUCUCCUCCACCCCCUUUUCUCUGACCUCCUUUGAACCAACAUCGAUGGAAGCUUCGACUGUUUCAGUUCCAGAGCCUCCUUUACCAUCCCUGGAGCUGCAGUCCAGCUGGUUGGAGGUGUUCCCCUCUGAGAAAGUGGAGUUGAGAUGUAACAUCAGCGGCAGCUCUGACUGGAAGAUCGUCUGGCUAAAAGAUGAAAAGGAACUAGUCGAAGAACAAAAUCUGUCUUUCUCUGCAGACAAAUCGAUCCUUACUAUCACUGCCGCUGCACAAAUGAUUUCUGGAAGCUAUUCCUGUAAAGGUCAACACAAAACCAGCAGUGUUGGGACUCUUUCCAGCAGCUCACUUAAGGUCACAGUUUACCAAAACACGCCGAAAGCAACUCUGCGUCAAAGUCCAAACUUCAACAAGAUGUUCCCUGGAGAGCAGAUCAACUUCACAUGUCUGGUUGAUGUGGCCUCUGGAUGGGAAUACCAGUGGUACCAUAAUGGAACUAAAAUUCAAGCACUGGAUACUUAUACCAUAGCUUCUAUAGAUCAUUCUAACAGUGGAGAAUACUUCUGCAAAGCUAAAAGAGGCAGAGGCCAGUUCUACACAGAGCAGAGUGAAACAACAUCCGUGCAGGUCUCUGAUCCACCUACACCAUCGUUGAAGUUGCUGUCUCCAUGGCUGGAUGUGUUCAAAGGCGAAUCAGUGCACUUCUCUUGCGAGGUUAGCGAAUCUGAUUGGACAUACUCCUGGUACAAAAAUCUGCACAAGAUCGAGGACCUGGAGGAUGACGAAUCGUCUCACAACUUAACCUCGGUCACUCAAACCGAUCGAGGAGACUACGCAUGCAGAGCUCACCUGAAGGACAGGGGUGUAACCUCUGGAUUGAGCAACACAGCUACAGUCAAGGUUUAUGAAAACACACCUGAACCAACACUGAGCAAGGUCCCUGAUUUCACCCCAAUGUAUGCUGGAGAAACUGUGACCUUCACUUGCACAGUUAAAAUGUCCACUGACUGGAUAUAUCAGUGGUAUAAAAAUGGAGAGAACAUCUCUUCUGCCACCGGCAAAACCUUCAGCCUCCCUCUUAGUCUUUCUAAUGGAGGGAAUUACUCGUGCAAGGCCACCAGAGGUGAAACAACAUCAACCAGCCAGAGCGCGAAAAUACAGCUAGAUGUUCAUGAAAUUCCUGUUCCACAUUUGGAGAAUAUGACCCAGUGGUUGGAUGUGUUCCCCACUGAGAGUGUGAAGUUGAGCUGUUGGAUGCCGCGCGGCUCUGGCUGGAUCUUUACCUGGUACAAAGCUGGAGAGGAGGUCAAGGCUGAUGAUGCUGUGUCGUUUGAUCCGGAUGGAUCCAUUCUUUCUAUUAGCUCUGCUUCAGCUAAACAUGAAGGACCAUAUAAGUGCAAGGGACACCUCAAGGACAGAUCUGUCAGCAGCAACACUGCUUCUGAACUUACUCUCACAGUAUAUGCUAAGAUGCCCAGUGUCGUACUGACACAGGAUCCAGAGUACAAGGUGAUGUUCCCUGGAGAGUCCGUCUCCUUCAGCUGUCACAUUAAUGUCUCCUCUGGAUGGGAGUUCUUCUACAAUAAUCUCAAACGACUCAGUCACGCUGGAAUCAAAUAUUCAAUCAACUCUACCAGGCCCUCAGAUAAAGGAUCAUAUACAUGCCAAGUAAAAAGAGGCAGGAAUCAGGUCUUCUUUAGCAACCCUAGCCAGGCUAUACUCCUUGACGUUAAAGAGGAACACCCCAAACCUGUGAUGAGUCAAGAGCCGAAGGCUGACAAACUGUACGUUGGAGAGUCAGUGUCCUUGGAUUGUAAAGUUGAAAUCUCGUCUGGUUGGGAGUAUCUGUGGAGCAAAGAUGGAGUUGCACUCCCUCACAGGAGUCGUACCUUUAAAAUUCAUGAUGCCAAUUCAUCAGUCAACGGGAGUUAUGAGUGCACAGCAAAAAGAGAAAAAUCGGCAUACCACACACAGCCUAGCGAUAGACGAUCCUUACAAAUAUCUGAGAUUCCUGUUCCCCAGUUGAAGCAUGGUUGGUUGGAUGUUUUCCCUUCUGAGAGCGUGAGAUUGAGCUGUGGGAUGGAAGAGGGCAUCUCUGACUGGACGUACACCUGGUACAAAGACAAACAGAAGGUCCAGGCUGAUGAUACUUUGUCUUUUGACUCGGAUGCCAGGACUCUCUCAAUCAGCUCUGCUGCAGCUAAACAUGCAGGACGAUAUAGUUGCUCAGGAAAGCUCAAGAGCAGACCUGUCUACAGUACCAACAGCUCUGAACGAACACUCAGUGUUUAUGAUACAAAACCCAGAGUCACACUGAUGCAGGAACCUGAGUACGACGUGAUGCAUACUUGGGAUUCAGUCUCCUUCAGCUGCCAUAUUAACAACUCCUCUGGAUGGGAGUACCUGUGGUACAAAGAUGGCACUCCACUCCCACUCCAAUCUGGACACAACUAUAACAUCAGCUCUGUUGCGACCAAAGACACUGGGUCAUACACAUGCCAAGUAAAAAGAGGAGUGGGUGUAAUCUUACAGUCACAACAGAGUCAGGCUGUAAAACUCGAUAUUCUAGAACGCCCUAAGGCUACUAUACUCCUGCUGACAGACUGGUCCGAGGUGUUCGCCACUGACAGCUUGGUGCUCAGGUGUGAGGUGCAGGCAAGCGAGGACAAAUGGAACUACACAUGGUUCAGAGAGGGAAAUCAAAUCAAUGAGCCGACCUCUGAGAAACAUGUAGUCACACCCCAGAACGACCCCAAGCAAAGCCUGUACCAAUGCCAGGGCAUUCGCACUGGUCAACCAUCUUAUUCAAAAUUCAGUGAUUCUUUCAAGACCAAGAACCUUCUUUUGAAGAGGAGGGUGCUUCUCUCCAUCUCUGGCUGUCUGUUCUUCGGCCUUAUCGCUGUUCUCCUGGGAUGCAUUGUCCUCCGAUUCAUCCGCAAACCAGCUGUCGAUGACGACAAACCCGAAGAAGAAAACCUGUUUCUCACCAUGGCCCAGCUAAAGGACCGGAGUGAUGCACCCGAUCCUAUGGUUGAGUACCUCACCGAUGAAGGACUGAAUGCAUUGCCUAAAGAAGCAGAUGAGAACGGCACGCUACCCAUAACCACAGAGGAGGGCCAAGCUUUGACGACUAUGAGUGAUGAUACGGAAGAAAACAAAGGUGGGCUGGUGUCCUUCAAACAAUGAGUCACUGAAGAUGGAUUCACAACAAUGUAGCGAAGUCCAUGGCAUGGAUGGACAUAAUGCACCAUAUAUUUCGAUAUUUACAUAUGAAUGUAUGGGCGGACAAUUUUGCUGUUGUGCAAUGCUUAACACUGCAUUGGAAUAAUAAAGGUUUGGCUUUACAGUGGGAUUGGUGGAGGCCAAACGCUCUAUGGUGGCCAUCAUAGGAAAUAAGAUUCAGCUUGUCGGGCUUAGCCUCAUGCAGUUGGACUUUAAGCCUCAGAUAUGCUUUUUUAUUUUUAUUUUUAACAUUUUUUGCUUUAUUUGAUAAAGAAGGUAGAGAGUAGUUGUGGAGAAAGCGUAGGGAUGGCAUGUAGCGGCCCGAGCUGACCUCAAACCCAGGCCUGCAGAGAGGAGGAGGCAGCUUCAUUAGUAGUACGAGCACCAUUAGGUGAGCUACCUGGGCACCUCACCUCGUUCUGAUAUUCACUGCGUUAGUAUCAAAGUGCACUAGAGGAUCUACGUUUUAAAGGUCAUGUAUAUAUUCUGAAUUGCCCGCAGUGCUAGAUAUAAGUAAAUGUAAAUUUAAUAUGAUUUUCACAACAUUGUUUUCACCAAAUUUAAUUGGAAUUCAUCAAAUUGUUGAUGAGAUAUUGCACUCUGGAGCGAUGGACAGACUGUCAUUGCAACACAACCGUGUAUAGAUUCAACUUGGUUGGUGGUAAUUGUACAUUUCUUUAACUGAUGUAUUGAUGAAUUGACUGUAAAAGGAAAAUAAAUAUAGAACAUCUUUUAUGUGAUAAGCAUCAAACACACAUUGUUGCUUUGAUUUAUGCAUUGUACAUAAAGUGAUCAUCUGCAGGAUAAUCAAUUACCAUUUCAAUUCUUAGAACAAACACCAGAUGUCACUAGAUUGUAAGUUAACUUUCUCCAAAACGUAUUUAAUGUAAUAAAUGAUUCAGCAGUGAAUGUUGUUGCUCUGCCGGUUGGAAACUGUAUACAAUACAUAUUUAUCUAGAAAUUUAAGCAUUUUUGUGUCUUUCAACAAAAUUAUUAAAAUACAAAAUACAAAA